ACCAAAGCAGAGGGGCAGGCAGCACACCACCCAGCAGCCAGAGCACCAGCCCAGCCAUGGUCCUUGAGGGGUCCCUGGGCCGAUGGCAUCACGCAGAAGAGCGCAAGAGAAGCAGCCUUUGAGAAGGGAAGUCACUAUCCCAGAGCCCAGGCUGAGUGGAUGGAGUUGAGGAAGUAUGGCCCUGGAAGACUGGCGGGGACAGUUAUAGGAGGAGCUGCUCAGAGCAAAUCACAGACUAAAUCAGACUCAAUCACAAAGGAGUUCCUGCCAGGCCUUUACACAGCCCCUUCCUCCCCGUUCCCUCCCUCACAGGUGAGUGACCACCAAGUGCUAAAUGACGCCGAGGUUGCCGCCCUCCUGGAGAACUUCAGCUCUUCCUAUGACUACGGAGAAAACGAGAGUGACUUGUGCUGUACCUCCCCGCCCUGCCCACAGGACUUCAGCCUGAACUUCGACCGGGCCUUCCUGCCGGCCCUCUACAGCCUCCUGUUUCUGCUGGGGCUGCUGGGCAACGGCACGGUGGCAGCCGUGCUGCUGAGCCGGCGGGCAGCCCUGAGCAGCACCGACACCUUCCUGCUCCACCUAGCUGUGGCAGACACGCUGCUGGUGCUGACACUCCCGCUCUGGGCAGUGGACGCUGCCGUCCAGUGGGUCUUUGGCUCUGGCCUCUGCAAAGUGGCAGGUGCCCUCUUCAACAUCAACUUCUACGCAGGGGCCCUCCUACUGGCCUGCAUCAGCUUUGACCGCUACCUGAACAUAGUGCACGCCACCCAGCUCUACCGCCGGGGGCCCCCGGCCCGCGUGACCCUCACCUGCCUGGCUGUCUGGGGGCUCUGCCUGCUUUUCGCCCUCCCAGACUUCAUCUUCCUGUCGGCCCAUCACGACGAGCGCCUCAAAGCCACCCACUGCCAGUACAACUUUCCACAGGUGGGCCGCACGGCUCUGCGGGUGCUGCAGCUGGUGGCUGGCUUUCUGCUGCCCCUGCUGGUCAUGGCCUACUGCUAUGCCCACAUCCUAGCCGUGCUGCUGGUCUCCAGGGGCCAGCGGCGCCUGCGGGCCAUGCGGCUGGUGGUGGUGGUCGUGGUGGCCUUUGCCCUCUGCUGGACCCCCUAUCACCUGGUGGUGCUGGUGGACAUCCUCAUGGACCUGGGCGCUUUGGCCCGCAACUGUGGCCGAGAAAGCAGGGUAGACGUGGCCAAGUCGGUCACCUCAGGCCUGGGCUACAUGCACUGCUGCCUCAACCCACUGCUCUAUGCCUUUGUAGGGGUCAAGUUCCGGGAGCGGAUGUGGAUGCUGCUCUUGCGCCUGGGCUGCCCCAACCAGAGAGGGCUCCAGAGGCAGCCAUCGUCUUCCCGCCGGGAUUCAUCAUGGUCUGAGACCUCAGAGGCCUCCUACUCGGGCUUGUGAGGCCGGAAUCUGGGCUCCCCUUUCGCCCACAGUCUUACUUCCCUGCAUUCCAGGCUCCUCCCUCCCUCUGCUGAGCCAGCUCUGGCUCUUCCCAUAUCCUCGCUCCUGGGACUCACUGGCAGCCCCAGCACCACCAGGUCUCCGGGGAAGCCACCCUCCCAAAUCUGACUGCACCAUUGCUGCUCCUUAACUGCCAAGCCCCAUCCUGCCGCCCGAGGUGGCUGACUGGAGCCCCACUGCCCUUCUCAUUUGGAAACUAAAACUUCACCUUCCCCAAGUGCGGGGAGUACAAGGCAUGGCAUAAAGGGCGCUGCCCCAUGAAGCCACAGCCCAGGCCUCCAGCUCAGCAGUGACUGUGGCCAUGGUCCCCAAGACCUCUAUAUUUGCUUUUUUAUAUUUUUAUGUCUAAAAUCCUGCUUAAAACUUUUCAAUAAACAAGAUCGUCAGGACCA